CUGCUGGAGCGUCCGGGAGGAGCCGAGGAGAGAGAGAGAGCAGAUCGGGUUCGCAGGUUUAUACACUACUGAAGAGCUGAGGCCACAAACAGUCAGAGAUCAGGAUGGCGUCCGACCCCCUGUCCGACCUUAACGAUGACUUGGAUAAGGACGAAACCAACCAGCUGGACCAACUGAAACUGGCGUCUUUGGAUGAUAAAAACUGGCCCUCCGAUGAUGUGCAGGAUUAUCCGAAUAACGCUAAUUAUUCGAAGCCUUCCCCUGACCCUGUGACCCACCUGCGCUGGGACGACCCCUACUAUGAUAUCGCUCGGCAUCAGAUUGUAGAGGUCGCAGGCGAUGACAAGUACGGGCGUAAAAUUGUUGUGUUCAGCGCAUGUCGCCUGCCGGCCUGUCACGAAAUUGACCACGUCAAGCUCUUACAGUACCUGAAGCAUACGCUGGACCAGUACGUGGAGAGCGAUUACACUCUGGUUUACCUGCACCAUGGCCUUACCAGUGACAACAAGCCGUCCUUGGGGUGGCUUCGAGAUGCCUACCGGGAAUUCGACCGCAAAUACAAGAAAAACAUAAAGGCCCUUUACAUUGUUCAUCCAACGAUGUUCAUCAAGACCCUGCUGAUUCUCUUCAAGCCCCUCAUCAGCUUCAAGUUUGGUCGGAAGAUUUUUUAUGCCAAUUACCUAAGUGACCUGGAGGAACACACGAAGGUGGAGCAGCUGGGGAUCCCCAAACAAGUACUCAAGUAUGAUGAGCUCAUCCGCUCUAACAUGAAGACCCCAGUACCAAGUCAGAAAUCCACCCCUCCUCGCCCACCACUUCCAAACCAGCAGUUUGGCGUGUCCUUGCUGCACCUGAAAGAAAAGCACCCGGAGAAUGACAUGAUACCACAAGUUAUUCGGGACACAGUCUCUUACCUCCAGGAGAACGCUCUGAGCACUGAGGGAAUAUUCCGGAGGUCGGCCAGCACCCAGAUAGUACGGGAGGUUCAGCAGAAGUAUAACAUGGGGGUCCAGUUCAGUUUCCAGCAAUACGGAGAUGUUCACCUGCCGGCCGUCAUCCUGAAGACAUUCCUGAGGGAGCUUCCUGACCCGCUGCUGACGUUCAACCUUUACAGCUUUGUUGUUGACUUCUCCAACCAGGAGCAGAAGAUUGAAUCUACUCGCAAAGUCCUGCAGACUUUGCCCAAGGAGAACUAUGAAGUCCUUCAGUUCCUUACAGGUUUCCUUGUACAGGUCUCUUCUCACAGCGAAGAGAACAAGAUGACGACCACUAACCUGGCUGUGGUGUUCGGCCCGAACCUCCUGUGGGCCAAAGAUGCUGCCAUGACUUUAAAAGCGAUUAACCCCAUCAACACCUUCACCAAAUUCCUGCUAGACAACUGGAGAGAGCUGUUUGGGGAUCCCGAGCCUUGAGCUUUUCCACUCCCAACACAGCACUCUCCAAACUGCCAGUUUAUCACCACCCGGCCCCCUCUCCCCCCUGUAAGUGUGUGUUACUUGCCCCCCUGUGAGCGUGUGUCUGUGCAUUCCUGUGACACGUUGGAGCUGGCAUCUCCAAUAGAAGUGAUAGCACAAUGACUCGUGUGAUGCAUGCACCCCGCGUGGGUUCACUUUCUAGUGGCGCUCGGAGACAGCGGGUGCCUCUGGCGGGCGAGAGGCACUAUUGUUACGUAUGUCAUGGUUGUGUAAGGGCAAGUUAUUUGGUUAGAGGUGACCUAAUGUGGGCUUUGAUAUAUAAAUAUAUAUAUAUAUUUGGGCAGGUGGAGCUUUUAAUUCAGAUUCUUUGUUUAUGCUUUAUUCCCUCUCCUUUAUAUGGUCGGUUCCUCUCUCUUUUUGGUACAGUUGGGGAAUAACGGUCAGAUCUGAUUGGUUUGAUAUAUAUAUAACUGUAUAUUAUCCCAUUUAUUAUUAUCAAUGGGGCUGUUCAUUAUUUGGGGUGAUCGAUAUCCAAACUCCUGAGCUGCCGGACAGAAUUGGUGGUAUAUCAGAAGUGUAGGCAGCAGGUGGGGGAAGCACUAGCACACGACCUACUUAGGUUCUCCGUUCUGAUUGGCUGGCUGCUUCCUAAUGAGUAGCAAGCAGCCAAUAGACAAAACUAUCGGUUAUCGCCCCUAACGUCGCUCGUUUCUGGAUCUCUUUUGCUCCUUUUAAACAUGUCGGGUUUUAAUGAAUGUAAAUAAGAGCAGAGGGCAGGAUCCGGGUGUAAAUCAGCUCUGUAACUUGCUGUGCCACCUUUUUAUUCCUAUAUAAUAAUAAUAAUAAUGAGUGCCAUUGCCUUGCUGCAUCAUCUACUGCACAUACACUUUCUAAUAGGGAGUCAUUAGGGACCUGGAAUCAUUAUGCCCCUCAGUCUGUAUCUCUUUUUACAUUCCAUGCUCUGUAAGGAAUUUGCGCCCCCUUGUGGCUGUGUUUUUUACUAACUCUUCCUUCUAGUUUUCCAUCUAACUGCAUUAUUCCUCUGCCUCUGGAUCUGCUGGAAGCAGCUACAUGUGAAAACUGCUUUUCUGUAUUGUAUAAACCUUUCUUGAUGUUACUAUAUACCCUUAGCAGCAGCAGCAAAUCUGCAGUUGAUCAAAGGCUGCUUUAAAGGAGAAACAAACCCUUAAUAAAACCUCCUCCCCCAGCCUAAAUGCCCCUAACUCUUUACUUAUUCCUCUGUCCAGCGGAGUUCACAGGCGCCAUCUUCUUCUCUUCGGAAAUCUUUGGAAUGAGACCGGAGUAGCGGCGCAUGCGCAGUUGGAGCAAUUUUCUGUUUCAUGACAACUGCGAAUGCGCAGAAAAUUUCGAACCGACGGUCUCUAUCCGAAGAUUACCGAAGUGGCUAAAGAUGGCCGCUUUCAGCCCUGUUGAUAUUCUGUCCAGGGUCAAUGUUCAGUCCAGUGGCGUAACUAGUUGUUACUGGGCCCCAUAGCAAAUUCAAUUUAGGGCCCCAAAAUAUUUAUAAAUUGGCCUAUUUUACCAAGAUAUAUUAAAAUUGCUAAUUAAUUAGGGUCUCACUGAGCCCCCUACACUCCUGGGCCCCCCUGCAACCGCAGGGUCUGCUUCCUCUAUAGUUACGGCCCCGGUUCAGUCGCAAUUUUUCAGUUGGUCUUCAUUUUUUAUAGCUAUAGAAUGAUGCCUUCCAGCUUCCACUGCUAAGAACCUGUUGCUCCGUGUUGCUCCGUUUUUAUUUUUAUAGUUACUUUUUAAUUCCUUAAUCUUCCUAUUCAUUGUCCAGUCUCUCAUUCAAACCGCUACCUGGUUGCUAGGGUAACUUAGACUAGGGAUGCACCGAAUCCACUAUUUUGGAUUCGGCCGAAUCAUUCAUGAACCAGCAUAUGGUUCUGAACCAGCAUAUGCAAAUUAGGGGUGAGAAGGGGAAACAAUUUUUACUUGUUCGGCCGAAUCCGAAUCAUGUGGAAAAAGGCUGAAUCCCGAACCGAAUCCUGGAUUCCUAACUUAGACCUUAGCAACCAGGUAGCUGCUGACAGUCCACGCUGGAGAGCUGCUCUCUAAAACGCUAAAAAAUAAUUAUUAAAAAAAAAAAAAGACAAGGCCAAUUGCAAACGAUCUCAAGAUAUCCCUGUUUUAUUUCAAUUAAAGGAGAACGAUGCCUUUAAUUGAGUCGUUACUGACCUUGUUUGUGACCCGGCACAAAGUUAUUUUUCUUUCAUUAGAUGACAAUUUUUAAAAGCAAGUUUUUUUUUUAAGAUUUGAUUUUUAAUUUCGACACGAGUAAGAGGUGCAAAUACUAGGGUACAGAGGGACAUUCAUUUACAAGAGGCACCUGGGGGUCUUCAUGGAUUCAUAUUGAAAGGCCCAAGGACCGGAACCAAUGGCAGUGACCGGCAAGUUUGGGUUCAAAGUGCAAAAACCCCAAAAAAAUGUCGGCUUCCUCCUUUUGUUUGCACUUUGCCCCAACGUAUUUACUUAAAACUCUACAGCUUUUAUUAACUUGACAUGGCUGUGCCCACCCUCCGUCCCCCCCAGCAUCAGAUUUAGGCAGUGCCAAAUUCUACAGGGUUUAUAUAUAGGUCCACGGGCUGAUGGGAAUGAUCCGAGGCUGGGGCCCAUUAAGGUCCAUUAGGGGUUGGGUUCCAGCCUCAGAUCGUUCCCAUCAUUUGGGAAGUCGGUGCCUUGUUUGUAGCAGCUUCAGCUUGUGCCAAGAGUUGGGACCAACCAGCUCAGCUAUAGAAAUAAAAUUCAUUGCUCCCAUUGGUUGUCACAUCACCCCCCCCCCGGGAUUGGUUGGUACUAGGGAUGCACCAAAUCCACUAUUUUGGAUUGGGCCGAACCCCCAAAUCCUUUGCGAAAGAUACGGCCGAAUCCUUUUUAUGCAUAUGCAAAUUAGGGAUGAGAAACAUUUUCUACUUCCUUAUAUUGUGACAAAAAGUUGUGUCAUUUCCCUCCUCGCCCCUAAUUUGCAUAUGCAAAUUCGGUUCGGCCGGGCAGAAGGAUUCAACCAAAUCCUGCUGAAAAAGGCGGAAUCCUGGCCAAAUUCUGAAUCCUAAUUUGCAUAUGCAAAUUAGGGGGAAGGGGAAAACAUUUUUUACUUCCUUGUUUUUGCUUAUGCAAAUUUGGUUCUGCCGGGCGGAAGGAUUCGGGUAAAUCCGAAUCCAGCUGAAAAAGGCCGAAUCCCAAACCGAAUCCUGGAUUUGGUGCAUUCCUAGUUGGUACAAGACCACUGCAAGAGGAAUCAGAAUUCCGUUACAAUUUACAGCAUUUCUGCUGAAGGAGCAUGACGUAUGGGCAUUUAUCAACACUGGUCCAAUUUGCAGUAACCCAUGGCAACCAAUCAAAUUGCUGCAUUCAUUUUUAUACUUGCGGCUGGCUUUAAAAAGCUAAUCACUGAUUGGUUGCUAUAGUUAGCUGCCCAUGGGCAAAUUUGCCCAAUAGUGAUAAAUGAGCCCCACUGUGCCCACCAUAAUUGCCCACUUUUUGCAUCUUCCCACAAUCCUUCCCUGGAGAUGAUUUGGGCAAUCAGCACAUGAAAGGAUUAUAAUAGAGCUUGACUUGUAAAUGCAAAAUUUGGGCAGGGUGGGAUUUAAAGGGGCAGCAGACCUUCAGAUUGGAGGACUAGAUUAAGACUAGGGAUGCACCGAAUCCAGGAUUCAAUUCGGGAUUCGUCCUUUUUCAGCAGGAUUCAGAUUCGGCCGAAUCCUUCUGCCCAGCCAAACCGAAUCUGAUUGUAUAUGCAAAUUAGGGGCAGGGAGGGAAGUAAAAAAAGUUUCCCCUUCCCAACCCUAAUUUGCAUAUGCAAAUUAGGAUUUGUUUUGGUAUUCGGCCUAAUGUCUUGCAAAGGAUUCAGGGUUUCGGCCGAAUCCAAAAUAGUGGAUUCGGUGUAUCCCUGAUUAAGACACUAUUGGGUGCUUGACUUGCUCAACUGUCGUCUUGCUUUGCAGCUCAGCCUGGCGGAGAGACGUGUUCCCUACUGGGCAUUUUUUAAUUUUUAUAAGAAAAUCCCCCCGAGGGAUUAUGACCCUGAUCCUCUGAAUCUCUCACAUUGGCCAGUGCCCUGCCCCCUGCUGGUUAUGUUCAUAUGGUGCAACUGUAACUCAUUAUAUUUUUACUCUGCUUGUGAUUUCACAUUUUGUACUUCAGUUAAAAAAAAAACCAGUGAAAUAAAAAUGUAACAUAAAUACA